AUGGACACCGAACAACCCCCUCAGCCAUCUCACCUCAGGAGUCCGACCAUCGAUUCAUCCCUUCACACCCCGUUACAUAGGAGGAGGUCUGAGUCGGAUCUUACUGAUCAUACCCGAGGACAUAUACCCCCUACAGCCCGAGUCGAUGGACAUCGUUACACGCCUUUUCUACCCUCCGAGCUCUUAGAGCGACCAGUUCGAUUCACAUCUUACACCGAAGAGUUCUUUUCUCAAUGUCAUAUAUCCGAUGUACGAGUGGUCUCCACGCCAAACUUACCUUCUAGUACACUUCAUCUUACAACUUUCCUUUAUCGACCUCACUCUUCCAUAGCGGCCUAUCAUCCUCAGAUACGAAGUUGGUACAAGAAUCCCAGGGAUAAAAAUAAAUGGAUAGUUGAUGAACCUCCCAAAAGGAAAUUCAAUCAACUACCUUUCCAUUUCAUGGAAUGGAUAUAUACAUGUCUCCCGAUACAUCAAGAUCGAGUGAACUUCGCCCAGACAUCUUCCAAACCUAUGCAAGCUUAUUUCAAAAUACGCUGCCACAAGUAUGGAUUCGGUAAACCGUUACUCGAAGUAACAAAGAAGACUUGGAUUCAAGUUUGGAACGAAGUGAGGGAUCAUUGGAAGACUUGUGAUGUACCUUAUUGUACGAAUGCAGGAAGGAAUUUAGGAGAUAUGCCUUUCUCUCCUCCCAUCAGCGUAGAAACUUCCCUAUCACCUUCCGGAGAAGCUACACCGUGGUCGACAGAUACCAGUAUUAGCCUUUCACCAGAAACAUCACCAAGUCAACUGGAUAUCGCACCAACCUACUAUCAACAGACAAUCACUGCAAAUCCUCUGAUUGAAUAUUACAUCCAGUCAGAGGGGCAGGUCGGACCCGAUAAAUUCCUGAGUUGUCGAUUCCGGAAAUCAAGGAAGAGGACCAGUCUGAAGGAGGUUAAGGACCGCAUCAGCGAUUUCCUCCAUCGCCGACCACAUCACCUCACGCCCCCACCGGAAAACCUUCAUGAUCAUCCUUCUCUCGCUUACGCACUUUUUAACGAUCCGCCACAGUUAUCUCUUGUGGUCAAAGUCAAUAUCGUUUCGAGAAAUUGGGGUGAGAUAAGAUAUGGAUACUAUGUUCUGCACAAUGCGGAUGGAAUCACACUACUGGAUGCCAUGCAUUCAUUACAGCUGAGUAUGAACCAGAACAUCAAGCGUUUUCAGAAGAUCCCAAUGUACCAAGAGAUGCUGGAUGAGGAUGAAUACAAAGCUGCUCGGGAUACCUCAGCUUAUCUGCGGAUGAAGAGGUCAUUUAGCAGGAAAGUUCAGAAGUUCGCCUUACGAACUCGACCUCGAUCUGUUGUUAAUGAUGUCAGAUAUCUUGGAUAUUCAGAUGAGCAAUCAAAAGCGGACUUGUCAGGGCGAUAUAGAGAUUGGGCAGAGUUCGAAAUAUGGUUCGCCGCUCAACCUGUUCCAGCUCCCUUCAUCGAUAAGUUUUCUAACUGGUCAGGAAGAGUCCGAAAGAAGAAUAUCGCACCAUGGAACCAACUCCAUCUGAUGUCUGGUAGUGCAUUACAAGUAUUGAGUAAUUCAGCUUUGCCGGACUUCGUCCUUCAACAAACCAAUCUUCCGCCAGUUUCCGAAUCACCAUGGGAUGCUAUCGACCUACCUCCCAUUCCUGAAACUGGAUUUUUCCCACGAGAAGGACCCAUAUUUGAUUCACCCACAGAAAUCACUCCUCCUCCUGAAGCUUCAGGAUCCGGUAUCCCUCAUGGCACGUCAAAAACUCCUAAAAGGAAACACUACCGUUUCCCCGCUGGACGAAAUAUUGACUCCAGAUAUCCUGUUUCGCCCAAUGAAAGUGAAGAAUCGGACUUACUACAAACUCCUCAUCAGCCGUCCAGCAGCUCCUCGAGUCCACGAGAGAUCAUAUCUGCCUUACAACGGGGACAGGAAGUACAUGGGGGACAAGAGGAAGAAGAAGAAGCUGUCACUACUGGAUAUGCGAGUUCCGGAAAGACAUACUCUCCGCCGCAGAAACCGGAAGGGUACGUUCCUGUGCCGACUCCGAGAAGGAGAGUACCACUUAAUCCUAUUCAGGAGUUAUCUGGUUCUGGGGGAGAGGCAUCAAGCACAGGAGGGGCAUUGCAGCUUGGUGAUAUGUUAGAAGGAACACGGCAACAAGAGAAACAGGGUGGUGGUGAGGAGGCUCCGACGUCGCAAGCUGGUCAAGAUGUGUCUGUUGCCUCAUCGUCAAGUAUACAACAAAGUGGUGGAGCGACUCAGCCACCAGCUCGAUCUCAACCUCCUUCUCGAUCGGAUAGUCCGUCCAAUGAUCAAAGUGGACCGUCAUCAAAGCCUGGGAAUCAAAAUAUGCCUUAG